AUGGACACUCUCAGAGGAAGCAGCCUGGACCCGGUCACUCUUUCAUAUUGGCCAACCUGCAAGAAUGCGCUGACCUGGUCGCUCGAGGAUUUGGCCGUUGCUACAGGUGAGCAGGUGUAUAUCCUAACCCCUCGUGAUGCAUCUCGAUCCCAGGGAGAUCCAGGACACAAGCAAUGGCACACCUUUGCUCUCCGUGUUAAUCAAUUCGACCCUUCCGAAUGGCCCUUUCAAGAUUUAGCCACCAUCACUCAGUUCUCGAUCGGCGAGGAACUCUCUGAGUCUACAGUUCUGUCACUCUCUUGGUCUCCGUCUGGACUGGGUAUUUACCGAAGAAGCGUUCUUGCGAUUUUGACUUCGAACCUCAUUCUUUCACUUUGGGAGUCUAAUGGGAGGCUGGGGACCUGGCAGCGAACGGCAGUUGUCAAUCAGUUCCUACCGAUUCAAUCCAGUGACGAGGACACCAGCAUUCCUAGACGAAAACGACGUGUUCGCGCCUUUCACUGGCUACCCGCACUCUCACUUUCCACAGAACCCAGGUGGGGCCUCCAGCUCCUGGCUGUGGCCGACGAUGAUUUCACAAUCUCGUUCUUUCAACUAUGGAAGACACACGGUACUGUAUAUGGACAGUGGUCCUUCAAGCUUCUUGGACAGUACAAGGUCCCCGAUCUACAGCAUUUUGAUGCCAAUGCGAUGAGAAAGCUCAGCUUGCGAACGAUUCUAGCCCAAUCCUCACCGAUCUCGAAGCUGGAGUCAAGCAAAUGGCAAAUCAAGGAUGAUCCAAGUAACCAUCCCAGGACGGCAGCUGUGGACAUCAAGGUAAGCUUUGGCCAGUGCAGCGAGGCGAAAUAUGUGUCUCUACAGGCCAAGUUGGUAGAUGCAGACAGUUGCCAAACCCAACAUGAGUUGGCGCUUUCAGUCAGACCUUCAAGGUCGGCGUCGGGAUCGGUCUUCCUCGAAACGCCUGCCGACAGCCAAUUCAAUCUUGCAGUUAAGAAGCCUCGUUCGGAUUUCGACCGGAAGUUCGGACUUGGGGGAAGAGUUCGCGUCAAUUACUGGGGCACUGCGUUCUCUCCUGAUCACACCAUCGCAGCGGCAUGCAUCUCAUUCCACCCUUUGGACAUGAUUGAGUAUGGUGCACCGUCGAGUCAACGCACUACAGUGGUAUUCAUACACACGCACGAGCCGCUCAUCUCGGACUACAUUGCAGAGAAUCCGUCAAGGGUGCAGGAGCGCAUCCUUGAGUUUGUGAGGGACUCACCAUUUGGCUUGGUGAAAACAGACCUCGAUAGGAACAUUUUGCGGACUGCCGCUGCCCUGAUAAAACUGAAUUUCAAAGACUCACCGACUCUCACUCACUGGACAGACGAGUUGCUGACUCUACUUCCAACGAGUGCUUCCGGCGAGGAUACCAGUGGCACGGAUAAGCAACAAGACAGUACUGUGCAGCGGCAGGCUGACAGUAAUGCGGACCACACCACAGUUGCCGAAUCUGGAGAUAAAAAAGGUCUAGACUACGAGAUUUGCGAGCUCUGUGGUGAUAUCAUUCCGUUUUCAGCAGACUCAAGUCGGGCGAGAUGCAACCGAGGUCAUCAAUUCUGCCGUUGCAGUCUUUCCUUCGUUGCUAUCCAAGAGCCUGGAAUUUCGAAGUACUGUUCUAAAUGCGGUAGGCAAUUCCUCGACCCUGGCAAACUGGAAUCUGCGGAUGGUCCAAGCUUGAGUCAAGCGCUAUUUGACAACUUCGAUGUCUGCCCGUAUUGCCAAGGCAAGUUUCGGGGGUGA